GUCCCCGCAGCGGGAGUAGCUCGAUGUGCAGGCGAGAAAUUCGGUCUGACGCAGAGGGGCGGGCCCCUGGAGCCGGAGGCGGGUCGCCGCGCUUUGCGGACUUUCCAGCCACCGGGAUCCUGUCCUAGUUGGAGGUGGCCUGUGGCGUGCAGUUUCCUUAGCUCCGGUAGUUCUGGCGGAGUCUGCGCGAUGGGCGACCCGGAGAGGCCGGAAGCGGCCAGGCCCGAGCAGGAUGAGAGGUUAUCAUCAGAUUCCAGCAAAAACAAAGUGAAGUCAAAUGAAGAACCACUGCUAAGGAAGAGUUCCCGCCGAUUUGUCAUUUUCCCAAUCCAGUACCCUGAUAUUUGGAAAAUGUAUAAACAAGCACAGGCAUCCUUCUGGACAGCGGAAGAGGUUGACUUAUCAAAGGAUCUCCCUCACUGGAACAAACUUAAACCAGAUGAGAAAUAUUUUAUCUCUCACAUUUUAGCCUUUUUUGCAGCCAGUGAUGGAAUUGUAAAUGAAAAUUUGGUGGAGCGCUUUAGUCAGGAGGUGCAGGUUCCAGAGGCUCGCUGUUUCUAUGGCUUUCAAAUUCUCAUCGAGAAUGUUCACUCAGAAAUGUAUAGUUUGCUAAUAGAUACUUAUAUCAGAGAUCCCAAGAAAAGGGAAUUUUUAUUUAAUGCAAUUGAAACAAUGCCAUAUGUUAAGAAAAAAGCAGAUUGGGCCCUGCGAUGGAUUGCAGAUAGAAAAUCUACUUUUGGGGAAAGAGUGGUGGCCUUUGCUGCUGUAGAAGGAGUUUUCUUCUCAGGAUCUUUUGCUGCUAUAUUCUGGCUAAAGAAGAGAGGUCUCAUGCCUGGACUCACCUUUUCCAAUGAGCUCAUCAGCAGAGAUGAAGGACUUCACUGUGACUUUGCUUGCUUAAUGUUUCAGUACUUAGUGAAUAAGCCUUCAGAAGAAAGGGUCAGGGAGAUCAUCGUUGAUGCUGUCAAAAUUGAGCAGGAGUUUUUAACAGAAGCCUUGCCAGUUGGGCUCAUUGGAAUGAACUGUGUUCUGAUGAAACAGUAUAUUGAGUUUGUAGCUGACAGGUUACUUGUGGAACUUGGGUUCUCAAAGGUUUUUCAGGCAGAAAAUCCCUUUGAUUUUAUGGAAAACAUUUCUUUAGAAGGGAAAACAAAUUUCUUUGAGAAACGAGUUUCAGAGUAUCAGCGUUUUGCAGUUAUGGCGGAAACCACAGAUAACGUCUUCACCUUGGAUGCAGAUUUUUAAAAACCUCCCCUAUUUAAAAACCUGCAAACCUGUCACUGGUAAAUAGCAGUCUGUUUUUCUCUGCUUUUGGUUUUUAAACAAAACAAAACAAAACUUUAAGUAUCUCUUUUAAGGGAAUGAGAGUUUGAUCAGAAGGGAGUCUAAAACCAAAUUGGAGUCAAGUUGGAUUUAUGUAAAUACACUGUCACUUUCCUGGACAGCAACAAGAAUAUGACCUAAAUUUUUUUUUUGGGGGGGUCAGGCUGAGCUCAUGGCUGAAGUGGUAGAGUACCUGCCUAGCAAAUGCAAGGCCCUGAGUUCAAAUCCCAGCCGCCAAAAAAUAAUAAAAUUGUCACUAGAAUAUAAGAUAGUAUUAAGAGCAUGGGUUGAAGAGUCAGAUAAGAGUUUGAGGUUCUACCCUUACUCCUUUGUGUGACCCUUGGCAUGUCAGGUAAUCUCUGUAAAUUUCAGUGUACUUAUCUUUUAAAUGGGUAUAAUAGUAGGUCCUUAAAUUCAUAAAGUGAUAUGAGAAUUACGAUGCAAAACUAACUGCUUAACCAAUAUAUAUACCUCUGCUGCCAAUGUUACUACUAAUUUUAUUAUUAUUGAUGGGGUUAAUUGCAGUGACAUUGUAAUAAAAUGCUGUCCUCUCAAAGUAGUUGUGAUUCUAGGUCCCAAGAUGUAAAAUUCCUCUCUUUAAUGUUAGGGGACGAAUAUAAGGAUUUCCUUAGAAAGAUAAUAAUUCUCAUCAACACAGGAAUCACUUCUUAGAACUUCUCAGUAUGUAGUAGGAGAAAUUUAGUUCUUGAUGCUUGGGGAAGGAUAUUUAAUGGGGCGGAACCCAGGAGUUUGCCAUAGCAGUGGACCUUGUUAGCAACAUGAUUCUUUAGGAAUUAAAAAGAUAACUGUUGCCAGAUUUAACCCUGGAGCAUUUGGAACCAGGGUGAAUUGGCUAGAAUAGUGUUCUCCCAAAAUAUUCUCAGAGCUGUUGACCCUCUAGAUUUUUUUCUUUUUUUUUUUGGAGGUACUGGGGUUUAAACUCAGGGCCUCUUGCUUGUGGUAGAAAAAGAGAUUUGGCUGCGUGCCUGUGGCUCAUAUCUACAAUCCUAGAGACAGCCUAGGCAAAUAGUUCUUGAAAAUACCCAACAGAAAAAAGGGCUGAUGGGAGUGGCUCAAGUGGUAGAGUGCCUGCCUAGCAAGUGUGAGGUCCUGAGUUCAAAUGCCAGCACUUCGCCUUCCACUCCCCCAAAAAAAUGAGAUUCAAUGGUAAAUUGAGUUUGGGAAAUGUUGUACACUCUAUCCCUCCGUAGAAUGACUGUACAUCAAAGACUAGGGAAGUCUGCAGUGCGUUUCCCUUCUAUAUCCCAAACAUGCUGAACACAUAACCUGUUAACAUCUCCCAAAGCCAGAGUUCCUCGGAACAUGGUUUGGAAAAAGCUGGCCUAGAACCAUUUAUACAUACAGGAAAUGGACUAAGGAAGAGAAAAUGUGGAAGGGAUUUUUGAACUAUUGAACCAUUUCAAAUUGGUGCCAAGCUGAGGAAGGUACUAGAGAUUGACUUCAGCUUUGUUUCUUUAUACUCUCAAAAUUCUUUUGUUAUAAGAAAGCCUUCUUUUAAUGGACUUAUGUAUGCUGCAUGGUAACAGAUAGAGGUCUCUUUAGGGGAGAUGGAGAAAAGGCCAGGAUCUAGGGUGUCGGGAAGUCUACUCUCUCCUCAUUUUUAUAAACUAUCAAGAAGUAUCUGAGCCUCUACCAAGUAGUGGCUCCCUACUCACAGCAAACUGCACCUUAUAAAAUUCUAGAAGCUAAAAAUUAGAAAUUUCCUCUUUAAGUUUUGCCUCAUUUAUUCUGCACCUAUCUAAUUGAUCAAAACUGAGAGUUCUCCAGUGAAUGCAACAGGAGCAGGUCAUAACUGUAUAUUACAGAGAAUAUCAGAAACAUAUCUUAACUGAAGGUGAUAGUGCUCACUUAUUCCAUGCUUCCCAAUUUGCUAAAUGUUUUCCCAUUUGAUUACACCAAAACCUUCUAAGCUUGAUCGAGAAACUAUUACUGAACCAGUACAGAUGGAGAGAAUGAGGGUCAGAGAAGCUAAAUGACUUGGCCAUGAUUUCAUAGUCACUGUCCCUACAGAAUAACUUCUUUAGAGGUUGUCACAUCUCUUAAAUUUAGUUCUUUGCCAUCCAUCUUGAUUUGUUUUUGUCUGUUUCCUAUACUACCAUAGUAUUAAUGUGUGUGACAUUUUAGAGUAUCAAAAUAUCAUAGGGAGACAUUUGAGCUUUACUCAGGUAAUAUGUUCAAAGAUAUUUUUCUACUGCUAUGUAAAAUAUUUAAAACUGGUAACAUCUAUAAUGAUAUCAAAAAGAAAGAAAAAAGUUUUACCGUACAUUUUCCCUUAACUUUAAAUCCAAAUCAUUGUCAUAGGUAAUGACACGUACCUUAAUGUGAAGCUUAUUUAUAGUACCAAUAAGCACAACUGUUUUUGGAAGAAGAAAUCUUACUGAAGUACUGGAUUUUUAAUACACUGGCUUAUUAUAUUCCAUAGUCUAUACUCUUUUCCAUGCCUGCAGGUUGCACGUUUAUUUAUUGUUCUUAGUUACUUUGGUUCUUAGAUCUUAAAGAAUCAAGAAGUUGUGGAAUCUCUUUUUAAUAUGAUCUUGUAGGUAAAGAAAACAAUUACGAGUAUGUUUACAACUUUUCCUGCUUUACAGCACAUGUAUUUAAAUCAUUGCUAUUAUAAUUAAAGUUAAGUGUAUUAUUUAGGAAUAUGAAACUAAAACUUUUAUGAUAACCUGCCUUUAUUAGAGACAUUUCACUGCAGCAUGUAGAAUUGUGGCUAGAAGGACUGGAAAGUCCAUUUGAUCAGUGCUUUUAGACUGGGCUUGGGUUUUUCUAUAAAAUUACAUACAAUAAUAAACAAUUACUCUUACAACAUAGGCUGACCCCAGUCAUGUCUUCUUAUAUAAAAAUUUUACAGUUGUCUCAUUUUGGAAUGUUCAGAUUAUUCUUUCUUUUUCUACUUUAUUAUUUUUUCUUUUUUUUGAGACAGGGUCUCAGUACAUAACCCAGGCUGGCCUUGAACUUACAAUCCUCCUUC